CUUCAUCCCAUUGCUCCUAGUCGGACCCCCUUCUGUCUGCCCUGCCUUUGGUUUGCUCCCACUCAGAUCCCUGCGGCUGGGGAGUGUGGCCCUGCUUAGCCAUUGCUUCUUAGGCAAGCUAGGCUUUCUUCUUUCCUGACCAGGAAGGGCUGAGCUGCAUUGCACAUACCCUGGGAUGAGGGGUAGGGGCAGAGGGUGUGCUGCUGUAACACACGUCAAACUCCGAUAGUGCGCUCUGUGGGCACAUGAUUCUUGCUCAGUGCUGCUAGAACAAACACCUGCAAUCAGAGCAGCAAGAGAUUCAGGGUCUGUCUGGAGCAGGGCUCAGAUGGAAUUGUCUCAAACACAGUUUAACGUGGCGACUCAGUAGCCUACUACCACGAGCCCCAUGGUUAAAGUGCUCUGCUCCCAGCGGUCAAGGCCAGACCUACCACACAGAAUACCAACAAACUGCCGCUAAUUUCCUGUAACAGUGUCUGUCUGGUACUUUGAACCAGGCUUUAGUUAAGCAUUAGCUGCUCUCGAACGCUUUAAAGCAUAAACUCCAGGCAACCACCUGUAAUGCACAGCAGAGUGCCAGGCUCCUCCUCAGAACAGGGCUCAGACUAACUGCCCCUGGGCCACAGCAACCCCAGCCACCCAGGCACACUGCGUCCCGACAUCACAACCUCUAGGGAGCACAGGCUGUGUGUGUCUGGCUGCGUGUUCUGGGAGGGUGGGGGGCCAGCAAGUUGAGACACUGUGAAAACCUCAGUGAGCAGUAGAAGCUCACAGCACGCCCCUGGUGCAUCUGCCACUUUGCAGCAUGACCGGGCUGCUGCUGCUGGGCCUGGCAUCAUCCUUUGAUCUAGGAGAUUUUUGACUGAGUCCUUGGGCUUUUCCUCACAACUCUGGCAGCUCUCAGCAGGCUGGGCCCAGGGAAAGGGCUGUCAGGGGCUCGGGUCCUUCCUUCUUUUUGAAUAUGGUUCCUGACACCUAACCUGGAGCCUGGCCGGCUCAGUCCUGGGGAUGGAGGCCGUGUUGGGCCAGUCCAUCUGGCCCUGAACUGAUGCCAGGAGUCCUUGGAGGAAGCCCUGGCCCCGCCAUCCUCUGCCUUCAACCAGCUCCUUGCUCCAGAGAUGACGGGGCACCCAGUCAAAUCAAAGGCCGAGCCAUGAUCCGCCUCCCAGCCAGUGAGGAGGCCAGCAGGAAUGCCACGUUCUCCGGCUCCUGGCUGAAGUCUUACCUCUGCAGCCCAGUGACCACACUGCUCCUCCCCACACUCUACUCCACGGUGCUGCUGGUCGGACUGCCAGCCAAUGCCCUGGCUUUCUGGGUGUUGGCCACCAAGACCAAGAAAUGCGCCUCCACCCUCUUCCUGCUCAACCUGGCCGGUGCCGACCUGAUCUUCACCUUCCUGCUGCCCUUCAAGAUCUCUUACCAUCUGCUGGGCAACGACUGGCUCCUUGGGGACUAUGCAUGCCGUGCCCUGGUCACCCUCUUCUAUGGGAACAUGUACGGCUCCAUCCUCUUCCUCACUUGCAUCAGCCUGGACCGCUACAUCUCGCUGGUGCACCCUUUCCUGUGGAGGGGCUCCCGGCAUGUCUGGCAGGCGGCGGGAGUCUGUGUGGGUGUCUGGCUGGCCGUGGGGCUGGGUUUGAGCCCGCUGCUGCGCUACCGCCAUUCCCAGCACGUCCCAGAGCUGAACAUCACCACCUGCCAUGACAUCCUGGAGCCGGACACGGAGCGCGACCUGGCCUACUACUUUCCUGCGCUGGUGGUGUUGGGCUUCGCCGCACCCUUCGUGCUCAUCACCAUCUCCUACGGCUGGGUGCUGCGGCGGCUGCUCCACAAGGGGCGGCACUAUGGCCGUGUGGUACGCCUCCUGGCCCUGGUGCUGCUCGUCUUCACCCUGUGCUUCACGCCCAGCAACGUGCUGCUCUUCUUCCACUACCUGCAGCCCCAGCCCGAGUGGCACAACCUCACCUACAGUUGGUAUGUGCUGGCCCUGGCCGUCAGCGCCUUCAACAACUGCCUCGACCCCUUCAUCUACUUCUACGUCUCCCGGGACUUCCGGGCCCAGCUCUGGGCCAGGCCCUGUUGCCGGAUGGGGCAUAACAAGUCCUCCUCAGGCAGGGCCUCCGAGAAGCAGGUGCUGCCCCAGAGGUCCAGUGAGCACAGCCAGCCCUAGGCCAGGGGAGCCUUCAGGCAGUGGGAGGGGACUAGGAAACUGCUUUGUGUUUCCCCCACCACUGCCCAUGGGGCAACCAAGCAUUUGGAAAUGGCUUGCUCCCCAGCUCUGCCCCCAGCGCUUCCUCUGUGGCGCAGGGCCCACAUCUCACCCUGCCCCAGCUCCGGGCGAGCUGCACAGAGGGCACCUCCAGCCAUGCCAUGGGUGCCAUCUCAGGAGAGGGAGACAGGGACCAGGAGCAGCACUGACACUGCCUCCCUCUGGGUCCUUGGCUGAGUUCCUUCCCCUUUAAGCGGUGCUGCCAUACCCCAUGGGGCUCGGUACCUAAUGCACAUCAGUCCCUCAGUAUCCUCAGGCUCUGCAUGCUCCAAUGAGCUGGACUCACCAGCUGCACCAGGGUCCCUGUGGCCUCUGGGGGCACACACUGCAAACCGGCAGCGUCCUGGACGUCCAGACAUGGCCAGGGUCAGGGGUGCACAUGGAGACAUGGGCCCUGGUUACUGAAUCUGGAACUCAGCUCCCACACUGGCUGCUGCCCCCUGUCACGUGUCAAUGUGCUCCCAUGUUGUUGUAUUAACAGUGUGGAGCUGCGCUGAGACGUGGCGAGGGGAACGUGGCCAGUUUGGCAGAGGGACUGCUGGCCCCUGUUCAGUCUGUUUGGAAUCAAGGGGGUAAAAUAUUCACUGGUGCAAUGUUCAGUAGUGGGGUCGUGUUUGUGCUGUCAUUAGGUUUCAGAAUCCACCCUCAUUCAGAUGAGGGGGCAGUUCCUCCCACUGGGAGCUGUUGUUUCAGGCUGGCUGCAGACUCAGGCAGGCUCCCUGCAUUGGCAACCCAGGCUCCCUUGCAAACAGGAGGCUGAGAUCCUGGAACAGGUGUCUGCAGCAUGGGCCCCGCUCCCGGCCGUGUCCAUUAAACUAAAGGCAAAGUGAUUUUACCCUCACCGUUUUCUGUGUCCUUGUGUGUCUUGUGUACAGCCCCCAGCUGGCACAUGUCCUCCCCCAAGUGAGCCUGGGAUAGUGGGUGGGGGAGCUGCUCCCUGGGAGCCCAUCCCUCCCUCACCGCAGGGUGCUCUCAGCUCAGCCCCAGUGUGACCCUGAGAAUCCCCCAGGGCCGACCCACACCUUGACCUC